UGAAACUACCAUACUUGCAGAGAUAUAGUUCAGAGUUUAGAAGAGCAUCGCAACUCCAUAGUUCAGAGUUUAGAAAAGCAUCGCCUGAAACUGCCAUAGUUGCAGAGAGAUCAAAUAAUGGAGAUGAAGGGGUCACUUCUGGAGCAGCAAAAGAACAAAGAAGUAGUGAUCGUUGAUGUGUGGGCUAAUAAUCUUGAGUUUGAAUUCCAUCGGAUGGCUUCAGCAGCCCCAUACUUCCCUUUUGUGUCUAUAGAUACCGAAUUCCCAGGGGUUGUAUUUCGUUCCACUGCUGCUGAUAAGGCGAAGAGCACUUCACGUUCCAUGGAGAAUUACAGGGUUCUUAAGGCUAAUGUUGAUUCACUUCAUCUUAUUCAGCUUGGGAUUACUUUGACAGAUUACUACGGCAAUCUUCCGGAUUUUGGAGGCAGUUGCGGGUUUGUUUGGCAGUUCAAUUUCAAAGAGUUUAAUGUUUCGAGUGAUCCUCACUCUGCAGACUCCAUUGAUCUUCUCAGACAACAGGGAAUUGAUUUUGAGAAGAACAACAAAGAGGGUGUGGAUUCAACCCAAUUUUCUGAACUGUUGUGCAAGUCUGGUUUGGUUGUCUGUAAUACCUUUCUGUUUAGGUGGAUUACUUUCCACGGAGCUUAUGACUUUGCUUAUCUACUGAAAGUCAUUACAAGGAGGCAGUUGCCAGAUGACCUUUCUGGUUUUUAUAAUCUUUUGAGUCUGUACUUUGGGACUCGAGUUUAUGAUGUGAAGCAGAUGAUCAAGUUCUGUGAUGGGGUAUUCGGCGGAUUAGAGAGGGUGGCGCAGACAUAUGGGGUGGAACGAAUUGGCAACGCUCAUUGUGCAGGCUCUGAUAGCCUUCUAACAUGGGGUGUGUUUCAGAAAAUCCUCCAGAAUACCAAUGGAUAUGCAAAAGGUGCCGGUAGUCUCUUCGGGCUUGACAAUGAUUCCAAGCCAGUACCUUUGAUACGCAAGAUGAUGCCGGUCCCUUCCCUCCAUCUUGUUGGUGGUUUCCCCAGCUCAAUAUAGAACUCCUCCUUGCAGACUUGUACAUUGAAAUAUUCAUUAA